AACUUGCAUACUACAGACCAGACCAACAACAUUAACAAAUAACAAUAUUUCCGACAUCAUUUCCAUACAAAUGACGAUCAAGAGAAGCUGGGAAGACGACAGAGAGGUAGAGAGUCUAGCCAUGGCUAACUGCUUGAUGCUGCUUUCAAAAGUCGGUGAAUCGGGCGCUUCACCGGGUCGGGUUUUCCACUGCAAGACGUGUAACAAGGCGUUCAAGUCAUUCCAAGCCCUCGGCGGCCACCGUGCCAGCCACAAACGGCCGAAAUCAUCCGACGUGAAUGAACCGCCGUCGCCGGCGAAGCCAAAGAUACAUGAGUGUUCGGUUUGUGGGUUGGAGUUUGCGAUUGGGCAGGCUUUGGGUGGUCAUAUGAGGAGGCACCGUGACGGUGCUAAUGAUAAAAGUGGUCGGCCGGUGGUGGCGCCGCCGGUACAGGUGACGGAGAAGAGAUGGUUGUGGGAUUUGAACUUGACGCCGCAUGAGAACGACUUGAAGCUGUGGAGUAGUAGUGUAAAAACGGCUCUUGCUAUAUAACGACGGCGUUUUGUUUGAACAAAUGGAAGUUGAUGGCUAUAUUGAUCGUCGUCACUGGACUGUACAUAUAUAUGUUCAUAGGCAGAUGAUAAUUAGAAGGGAGCAGUUUAGAUUUUAAAUUUAAAUUAUUUGUUCUUAUUUUAUAUAUAUUAUUUUCACAUAUUUUUUUUUGCUUAUUAUGGAAGAGAUACUCACAGUUUUCUUCU